AUGGAAAAGACUGAGAUUCGUGAUAUCAAUCAAGUCAAGCAUAUUCAACCUGUCUGUAGCAAUAUCGGAUCGAUUUUGGACAUUCGCGAAAAAUCAAACCUAUUACGCCGCCGAUACAACCUUGGAAAAAUCGAAUCUAUUGUUGGUGUGGCUAUAUUGAUUAAAAACAAUACCGAAGCAAGUGAGCCUCUAAUAACCGAAAAAGACCUCAAAAAGAACCCGAUGUGUGCUCUGGUCAAGUGGACAGAUAUAGAAGAGCACGUCCAUCUCUUUUGCGGUAAAGAGAGUUGGAUGCCAGGGAGCGCACUUUCUAAAAUGGCCACUGCAAGAGAGAAAGGCAAAGUGACGGCAAUGAUUCUAGACGCAUAUAAAUCACAACUGACGGAAUACGAGAAAUGGACGAAAGAGGUGAAUGCCCAAAAUCAGAGCAGUCCGUUGAACACCUGUUCAGAUAAUCAGCCAGAAUGCAACACCGAGAAACGUGGAAAGAGUUGUAACGUUGACGAAGAGCUCAUGUUGAUGGGGCUUUUCUUGCCAAAGCCACAAUGCGAUACGACUGAUACAGCAAAUUCCGAGACCAUAAAAGAAUCGGAAACAGAUUAUCAAGUAGCCCAGCGGGCGAUUUUGGAUCUGGCAACAAAUCAGACCUUCGGGUACGGGCCAUAUCUAGAAGUUAUGAAGUUGUCUCAAGGAGUGAACAACGAGCUCCAAGCACGGUACCCGAAGGUCUAUAAUUAUCGGAUGGAUGAAAUAGUAGCUACUUGGCCAAAUUACAAGAACGAUAUGAUUGCAAGCGGAUUUCAGGAGGUGGGUGCUUCUCCUGAUGAGAAAACCAUAAUCUGCGCCAAGGAGAGAGUCAUUGUCCACCGCAAGCACUUGGGCGGGCUCUAA